AUGAAGCACCAUCUGAUGGUGGGCACCUGGACCCCGCCAGGUCGCAUCUACACCGUCGCCUUUGACGAUGAGGCUCUCACCCUCGAGCUUGUCAAGAAGACCGACAUCCCCGAGGCGGAGCCCAUCUCGUGGAUGACCUUCUCGCAUGACAAGAAGGCCAUCUACGGGGCUGCCCAGAAGAAGUGGAAUAGCUUCGCCGUCAAGAGUCCCACCGAGAUUGAGCAUCAGGUCUCGCAUCCGGUGGCCGGCCAUGAACUCGCCGCCAGUGCCGACACCAACACCCGCGCCAUCUUCGUGCUCGCCGCCCGCCAGCCCCCCUACGCCGUCUACGGCAACCCGUUCUACAAGUACGCGGGCUACGGGAACGUCUUCUCAGCCAAUUCCGACGGCAGCCUGGCCGAGAACAUCCAGAAUUUCGAGUACCAGGAGAACACCGGCAUCCACGGCAUGGUGUUCGACCCCACCGAGACCUACCUGUACUCCGCCGAUCUGCAGGCCAACAAGAUCUGGACGCACCAGAAGGACCCCGCAACCGGCACCGUGUCGCUGGUGGACUGCCUCGAGGCGCCCUCGCCGGAUGACCACCCCCGCUGGGUGGAGAUGCACCCCAGCGGCAAGUACCUGUACGCGCUGAUGGAGGCGGGCAACCGGCUGGCCGAGUACGUCAUCGACGAGCGCACGCACCGGCCGGUCUUCACCCACAACGCGUAUCCGUUGUUGCCGGAGGGGCUCCCCCCACGCAACAAAUACCGCGGCGACGUGACGUUCACCACCCGCAGCGGUGAAUACCUCUUCGCCACCACGCGCAGCAACCACUUCGACGUCACCGGCUACAUCACGGCCUUCAAGCUGGGCCCCGCCGGCCAGAUCGAGCGACAGCUGUUCAUCCACCCGACGUCCACCAGCGGCGGGCACUCCAACGCCGUCAGCCCGGCCGACUUCUCGGACGAGUGGCUGGCGCUGUGCGAUGACCAGCUGGGCUUCGUCGAGAUCUACCGCUUCCGGAACGAGACGCUCGCUCGCGUGGCGCGGGUCGACAUCCCGGAGCCGGGGUUCGGCAUGAACGCGAUCUGGUAUGAUUAG